AUGGCCACGCUUUCUCCAGAGGAAGCCCAAGAUCUCGCCUCUCCUCCGUUUGUUGUCGUCGAUGGGGUUGUCAACAUCCGUGACCUGGGCGGGUACGACAGCAGACACUCGAACGGCGUUGUGAAGCCCAAGGCUAUUCUGCGAUCUGGAGAGAUGGCGCAUAUAACUGACACAGGGAAGCAGCAGCUCAAGGAACUCGGGGUGCGCAAAGUGUUUGAUCUUCGGGCGGACGUUGAGAUAAAGAGGUACAAUGCUUUAACACAAGUCAUUGACGGGGUUGAGAUCAUCAGAGUGCCAAUCACCGCCAAGGAGUGGGCCGAUCCCACCCUACUGGCCGCCAGACUGAAGGCGUUCGGCGAGAAGGAGCGGGAGACGUUCGUAGUGACUUAUACGGAGUUCUUGAAGGAUGGUAGAUCGGCAUACGAGACGAUCUUCACAUACUUGCGAGACGAGCCUAAUCCUCAUUGUCUGGUGCACUGUACAGCCGGCAAAGAUAGGACAGGUGUCUUCGCGUGUCUGCUUCUUAUGCUCUUGGGUGUGGACGACGAGGUGAUUGCAAACGACUAUGCAUUGACGACAAUCGGCUUGGAGCCUGGGAUGGAAAUACUGGUUGAGCGAUUCUCAGCAAUUCCGGUGUUCAAAGAGAAUUGGGAAGGUGUGCUAAACAUGGGAUCUUCCAGAGCCGAGAACAUGAUCGCGUUUAUGAAGGCGUUCCGAGAGAAGUACGGGAGCGUGGAGGGAUACCUGAAGGCUGAAACAACGCUGAAGACAGAGGGGGAUAUUGCGAAGAUACGGAGAAAUUUACUGGUCGAGAGAGCGUCCUAG